AUGACCAGCGACAACACUGACUUGGCCGUUCUGGCCGGCGACGACUACCGCCCACCCCAAGGCUCGUUCCGCGGCUUUGUUCAUGCUGUUGACCUCGAGCGCACUUCCUUGAGUCGCAAGUUCGAGAACGUCCAAUGUUGGCUCGCCUGUGAUGAUACUGCCUCGGUCAACCUUUACUUGGAUCUUCAAAAGGAGUUGGAUUACGUAGAAUUUAAGUUGACCCAGAACAUUCGACAAGUCUACUUCACCGAUAAAACGCGUACUGUCAAGUUACAUCUGAACAACAAGAUGCGGUUAGACAUUACCUUGUCAGUCGUGGAGGAUGGUCAAAAGUUGUGCGAACAAUUGAUGCGGAUCAAGGCUCGACCUGGCGAUUGUGAUGACUUUUCGCGCCAUCGACCCAAGGCCGGAAUUGUCAAGCCGGAUGCAAGUUCUGCAUAUUUAACCGCGAAAAAUGACCUUGCACCAAACCUACCGCCUAUUGCAGUUGGAUCAGCCGAGUCUUCAACCCAAUCCAGGAAGAGAGUGAUUCAGCAUUUCACCCCUUCGACUGCACCGGAACAUACCCUGAAGAAGUCGCGCGCUGUUGCCUCGCAAGACCUCUUCAAGUCUCACCGCCAAUCUAAUGAAGUGGUCGAUUCUUUCCUCUCGACAUCGCCUCCUGCACCCCAAGCCACGCCUGAGCGAUGGCCCAUUCCAAGUUCUCCUGCACGCGAUGAUGUGGGGGUCUUUGACAGGUUUGCACGCAUUGGGCACUCUGCACAUCACAUGCCAGAUCCUGUUCCGAGACCCCAGUUCCAUGCAAAGGUGCCAACUCCAAGGGUUUUACGGUCGAUGAACGAUAGGUCCAAGAGAUAUGGCCGUGAGUUGGACCACAAAUCUUCUAAGGAUUCAAGGGUGCUUGAGAAGAGAUCUAGCGGAUCAAAGUGUAUCAAUGCAGUACUCCAAGCGAUACUCUGCCUCAACCCUCUUGUGCCAGAUCUGACCGACUCAUACUUGCUACUCAUUUGUGGCGUCCAAGAUGGGCUAUUUCAAAUAAUUGUUGAUACACACACCGCCUACUCAGAGACAGGAAACUUGAUGAUAAAGGAGGAUGAAAUCUCAAACAGAAUUGUAAAGAGUUCAACAGGAUGCCUCGGAGGAGAGUUCGAUGACGCGCGCGGGUUUUUGAACGACUGUCUCAACCAAGUGCGGAAGGAAUUCAAUGAUCGGGAAGAGAAUCCCAUUUCUCAGAUGUUCAGGGGGAAAAUCGACCGCGUCUCAGAGUGCCCCAAUUGUGGAAAUAUGAUCCGCAGCUCAGAACAAUAUCAGGAUCUUCAGCUGGAGGUGCCUACCCACGAUGUCAGCAGUAGCAAAUCCAACCAGGAUGCUGUGAGCAUCGGCAGUCUCGUGCCUCAGCUGUUCGACACAAAGACAGUGGAAUGCCAAAAGUGCCACUCUGAUCAGGCAAUUAUGCAUAGAUCCUUGUCACAGUUGCCUGAGGUUCUCGUUUUGUGCUUGAAGCGAUUCUCGUCCAGCCCAGUAGGUGGCUACAAGAAAUAUCGCAGCCAUGUUACCAUUGACGCGACGCUCGAGUUCACGCAAUUUUGCAGCGCUGAGGCAUUUACUGAUGAAGUAGGAUCGUUAGCUUAUUUUCAGGAGGACUUUGGGAUGCGCCCGCACAUCCCUAGCGACAGUGUCCCUAGUUCCAGCAGCUCGCCAUUCUCAUCCGUCAGCCCACGAGGACAGCACGAUCACUUGCACACGCCGACACCACCCGCUGAACGAUACAUGGCACAGCUUCGUGAAGAUGGCACGUUUGGAACCACUUCUGAUUUUCCUAUCCUUCUGGACAGCGACGGGGAGGAUGCAAUUAUAAUGGCAAGCCAACAGAGUCAGGAGUCACUUUCGUUCUACGAGGCACCGACAGAGGAAGAGCAAUAUCAAUGGGCGAUGGAAGAAUCGAUCAGGGCCUCGCAGAUGACCAUGUCUCAGAGCUCCGUCGCGGAUAACAAGCUGCAGGAUGACGCAGAGGAAGAGGGCGAGGUCAUUUCGUCCCAGGUUUUUGGUCUCGACAAUCCAUUUGCUCAUCCCGACUUUGCAAGCGGGAUCAAACGGGACUCCAGGGGCCUAUCUGGAUCUCAAAGGACGAGCGCGCAAUCGUCGAAUGUCGGUACGCCCAAGAUUAGCCCCAAGCUGGAACUGCCCGAUCGGGGAGACACCUUUACCGUGCACGAGGAUAAGGAUAAGGGCAUCGGAAAAGAUGAAGGCGACAGAAAGGACAAGGGUGGUGAUGGUGAUGGCGGCGAAGACGAGGGAGAUGAGGACUUCAAGGCUGCAGUGCUGGCGUCGCUCAUGACUGGAGACCCCUCGACAUCUCCCACUGAGGCGGACGUCCAGGAGCAGGAAAAGAAGCACGUGGAGGAGGCGAUCCGGAGGAGUCUGAUGGAUCAGGAAGAAAAUAAGGAGAACAUCUCGCCCGACAAGGCCACUAGUCAGAAGAAGUUACUGGAGAAGAAGAUGGUAGCGACAUUGACACGAUCUUGCUCUCAGCUGGACCGCUCACCCUCGGACCACCACCACCGCCACCAAAAUCAUCAUCUUCGGAAGAGUCUUCCCGCACAGCUCAAGAGGUCCAGCACGAUUGAUUUCAUUGACCGACAGAGAUUCUCUAGAGGCAAUGAUCAAGCAGCAUCGUCCCUUUCUCAGUCAUACUCCUUGUCCCAGUCGCCAUCCCCGACAGAGACAGCUUCCCAGCCGCUGCGCCUGGAUUCCCCACCUCGGACGCGUCGGACUGACUCUACUGGUACUACUCGUCGUCAUGCCGCUCAGGACAGAGAUGAGCAGCACGACUCGAGAUCUUCUGUGAUCCGCUUGGAAGGCGACGACGAUGACGCGACGUCUUCUCGUCGAGUCACCAGGGCCUCCAAGGGCAAGGACAGAGCGCCAUCCUCCUCACAAACACAGGCAGUAGAAGAUCAGAGUCUUGGACUCUUUCAACUUCAGGCGGUCGUCAGUCAUACUGGUCUAUCCAUGUCGUCGUCGUCUCCAGUGGCCGCUGCAGGACAAAAAGGUCGCUAUGUCUGCGAUCGACUUGGAACAGAUGGAAUAUGGAGGUGCCACGAUGGCGCAAAGACUACUAGGUUAGGAUCUAUCUCUGACCUUACUCGAUAUCGCGCGCGAUCUGGAUACCUCUUCUUUUAUGUCCGCUGCCACCCCGGUGCCGUCGUUGCUUAA